AUAGAACCAUUGUACUAACUACACAUUUCAUGGACGAGGCCGACUUGCUUGGAGAUCGUAUCGCAAUAAUGGCCGGUGGUAAAUUGGAGUGUAGCGGUUCCAGUUUCUUCCUAAAGAAACGAUACUGCGCCGGUUAUCAACUAGUAUUAGACAAAUCACCGGACUGUCACAUUGAAUCUGUAACAGACCUGCUGAGACGGCAUAUACCCGAUAUAACUGUCAGAAGCAAUAUUGGUUCUGAAUUGAGUUACGUGUUGGACGACGCAUACAACAGCGUAUUCGAACGGAUGUUAAGUGAACUAGAACAAGAAUCUCAUAGUUUAGGUGUGCUUAGUUAUGGCGUGUCCUUGACAACUUUGGAAGAGGUGUUUAUGAAAGUUGGGGCUGAUCAUGGACAACAACAGCAAAUUGAAGAAACUGAACGCUACGGUGCUUUGAAUGCGAGUUACUGCUUAGGUGAAAUCGAUGAUGGCAAGUUGCUAACAGGAUUGAGAUUGUGGUUGAACCAAAUAAACGGGAUGUUUUACAAAAGAUGGUUAUCAAUUCUACGGUCAUGGUUGCUGUUUCUAAUUCAAAAUUUAAUUCCGGUAGUGUUCGUGGUGAUCACCGUGAUCAUUGUAAUGAAAAUACCAAGUACUGCUAACCAACCUAUGUUGGGAUACGAGUUAAAUGUCUACGACAACCCAAUCACUCCAAUCAGUACUCACUCUGCGAACCCCCACUCGCAGAGCUUUAUAAAUAUGCUUACCAGAGCCAAUCACAUAGUCAUUAACUGGAAGAACAUCACCAAUGACGAAUAUUCCAAAAUGAUGAUCGACGAAUCAAAAAAGGGCAUGGGGGACUAUAACACUCGUUACAUUACCGGUGCCUCGUUCGAAGCGGACAAGUCCAUUAUCGCUUGGUUUAGUAACCAACCUUAUCACGGGGCCCCAUUGGCGUUACAAAUGGUAAUGAACGCAGUUUUACAGUCAGAAGUGACACCCGAUUACGCUAUCGCGGUGUUUAAUUGGCCAUUGCCCGAGACUUUAAGCAAGCAGUUUUCCGGUUUACAAUCGCGAGUCAACAUUGGCUUUCAAAUAGCGUACAACCUCGGCUUUGCAAUGGCUUUCGUAAUGGCAUUUUACAUAAUAUUCUACAUUCGUGAACGAUCUACUAAGUUCAAGCACUUGCAAUUUGUGUCCGGUGCGAAUGUCGCAUCUUUUUGGAUUCCGUCCUUCGUAUGCGAUGUUCUAACGUUUAUUUUCACAUCAGUAUGUGUCAUUGUAGCGUUGGUCAUAUUUCAAAAGGAUGGCUUCAGCACAGCAGAGGACGUCUCCCGAUUGUUAGCCUUACUUCUCAGUUUUGGCUUUGGUAGCUUACCAAUUACCUACCUGGCGUCAUUCGUGUUCGACGUGCCCACAUCAGGUUACGCCGUGCUUAGCUUGUUCAACAUAAUUGCUGGUAGUGGAUUCUUUAUGAUAGUUGAAAUUCUCAAAAUCAAGGCGCUGGACUUAAUGAAUGUCGCAAAAAUCCUGCACCAGAUAUUUAUGGUGAUGCCUCACUACUGCCUCAGCUCGGGCUUGAGAGACAUGCACGUGGUCUAUGAUACGCUACAAUUAUGCCAAAGAGCGACGGAGAUGUGCACCAACAUUAUAGAAGGCAUGCCGUUUCUGCCUAAUGGUACAAUAGCCUCAACGUGUGACAUUGCGGUUUGUUUCCAGUUCCCAGAAUGCUGCGACAAACAGGGCUACUUUUCCUGGACAAGUCCAGGUAUCGGACAACAGGUCCUGUACUCGUGUUUGGUGGGAAUUUUGUGCUUUGCCAUUCUGUUUUCAAUCGAAUACGGCAUUUUCUCAACCAUUUGCAAUGCGUUUCCUCGUCGUUGUAAAAAAGAACACUCGUACACUCCGGCAAAUAUGAUCGAGGAUGCGGAUGUGUGCGAGGAAAAACGCGCGGUAACGCACAAUGUCAGUACAGGGAACAUCUGCAAUUACAACCUGGCCAUGCAUCAGCUUUCGAAAAAAUACAAGGAGAUGGUAGUUGUCGAUGGAAUAUCUUUGGGCAUACAUAGAUACGAAUGUUUCGGAUUGUUAGGAGUGAAUGGUGCUGGAAAGACGACGAUCUUUAAGAUGAUGACUGGUGACGUUAAGAUGACAUCGGGAGACGUAUGGGUUCACGGUUGGAGCAUUAGAACGCAUCCUAAGGAAGUUUACCAGUUAAUUGGCUACUGUCCACAAUUUGAUGCGUUACUUGACGAUCUUACUUGUCGAGAAACCCUUACAGUAUUCGGGCUCCUGCGCGGAGUUAGAAUAGGCCAAUGCAAGCAUCUUGCCAAACACUUAGCGAAAGAGUUUGAUUUUCACAAACAUUUAGACAAAAAGGUUAAGGAACUUAGUGGUGGUAAUAAAAGGAAACUAAGCACUGCAUUGGCCUUAGUCGGAAAUCCACUGGUAUUAUUUCUUGAUGAACCAACGGCCGGUGUUGAUCCCGCGACCAAGCGCCACCUUUGGAAUGUGCUGUGUAAAAUUAGAGAUGGAGGAAAGACGAUUGUGUUGACAUCGCACAGCAUGGAGGAAUGCGAAGCACUCUGCACGCGAAUGGCGAUUAUGGUGAACGGAACGAUUAAGUGCUUGGGUUCAACUCAACAUCUGAAAAGCAAAUUUUCCGACGGUUACACUUUAACACUAAAAGUUAAGCGAUUUGACAACGAGGAGUCGCAACAAGCGGCGAUUGACGAAAUAGAAAAUUUUAUCAAAGAUAGUUUUCGAGAAACCAUUUUAAGGGAAAGGCACCAGGAGCUGCUAACAUUUUAUAUUACCGAUAAAUCUCGUCCAUGGUCAAAAAUGUUCGGCAUUAUGGAACACGCAAGAACUGUUUUUGACAUCGAAGAUUAUGCGUUAGGACAAUGUACUUUAGAGCAGGUAUUCCUCACAUUCGCAAGACAGCAAAGAGAAAAAUAGUGUAAUUCAUUUGUUGGUUUUAUAAGUAUAGUGUACCUAUAGUUUUAUUUAUAUCCGCAGCUUAUGUGGCCAUCUCCAAUGUGCGUAACCAGAAAAAAAUAUUGUGUCGAUUUGACUUUAAUGUA